AUGGGGCGAUUGAUAGAUGUUGUGGGAAUGAGUGGUAUCAUCUCUCUUGGUGUUUCUGCAUAUGCCUCUGUAGCAUCGGUUUGGCAUACGCACAGACGCAUGAGACACCGAACUGCAGUUCUAAACUCCAUCGAGGAUGAGAUUUGGCGAGCUCAUUCUUUGCACACUACUGGUGAAGAUCAAGCGUUGUGGAAAGCUGGUGAUAAUCGAUUCCUACCUAAAUUCUCAUCGAAGAAAACAUGGCACAACAUCAGGGUAGUGGCGGACCAGAAAAGUUGGGUUUCAGCAGUAUGGUUCACUGGGACAACUCCAAAGUGCGCCUUCAUAACUUGGCUAGCGGCUUUGAAUAGACUUACAACUGGUGAACAAAUGUUGCAGUGGAACAGAGGCGUCUCUGCAUCUUGCGUAUACUGCUCUAUCCCUGUCGAAACAAGAUCUCAUCUGUUUUUUGAAUGCAGCUUCUCUCAACAAAUUUGGGAUGAUUUAGCUCGAGGCCUGCUUGGUACAAGGCACACAAGGAACUGGGAUGAGGUUAUAGAAAUUCUCUCAUCAAACUCUCUAGAAUCUAACAACCUUAUUCCUUGCGAGAUAUGUUUUCCAAAUUUCCAUCACUUGGAUCUGGAGGGAACGCAAUCAAAGAAGACAUAG